AGCCAGUCUCUGAUUAGAGGGUCUCUAGCCUAGAAAAAGCGUCUGACGAAUAUCGCCGGCAUUGCCUCUCUCAGGCUUUUCUCUGCUAUGGUACAGACAAAAAGUGUUGUGUGUGUGUGCGUGUGCUGUGUGCGCAUGAUGUGUAUGUACAUACUUUUCGGGGCCAUGUAUUUCGUAGGAGGUAGGAGUUAGCGAUCUAGAAAUAUAUAGAAGUCUGUGCUCAUGAAGUGAUGGUUUCUGCUUCAUUCUGCUUCCUAAAAUUGAAUUACAAACAACAUGGCGUUUUCUGUAACUGUUAACAAUCUUUUCGUACUCGUUCUAACACUCGCAAUUUUCUUUGUUUCUUUAGCGAAUUCUGCGAACAGUUAUUACGCGUCUGCGAGAGUCGAGAGUUGUAGAGGUUGCUCGCUCAAUCGACUGCCGGAUGUCAAGCAAUUUAUCUUUAAAGAUCUGCCAAACUACAACAAUGUGGAAUUCAGACAUAUACAAGGUGCGAUACCAGAGCUUGUACUGUUCAACGAACAUGAAGAGGAAGUGGAACGAUUGGUAUUGUCUAGAUUGACUCGGGAAGAAUGUAAUGAACUGCUAAUCUCUAAAGGUUUCAGUAAAAAAUCCAAAGACAAUAAGGAUGAGAUGUAAUUCUUCAAGUCAAUGUAUACUUAUUGCAAGAAACAUUAGCCUAGUCACAAAUAACUCUAAAAAAAAGAAUUAUUCCUAAAAAGUUUUUUUUAAUUAUAAAACUUGUUAAACUGUGUUUUGUUUAUAAUUUGUCUUACUAUAUUUUAUACUUAAUAAUAAUUUCUAAAAUAUUUGUUUAGAGUUUUAAUAUACAUUAUAGAUAUAUUUAAAACAAGAAAAGAUCAUGUUUCGAUAAUAUUAAGAAUAAGCAAUAUAUAUUGUGUAAAAAAUAUCAAAUAAUAUCAGGAACAAAAUUGUUUUAUCUUUUUUCCUUCAAUUAUUAUUAUUUCCUUAACAUGAACAUUAAUACAGUACAGAAAGGGGAA